CGCCCUGAUCCCAGAGCGCUAUUAACAAGCUGUUGUGUUGUGUAGUUUUCAUAGCGAGUCGCGUUAGGUUUACCGAGUGACUAACUUUUGUGUUUUCGGGGCGGUUAACUCACAUAACGACCAAAAAGCAUUCCAGUAUUUGCCCUCGCCGUGUGGUGCAGAGCAGUGCGGUGUUCCCUCCCCCACCGUUCUAAGAAUGUCACUCAACGGCAACAGCAAGAGCAACAACAAUAGCAACUCCCAAAGCAAUAACAAAUCAAUGACUGAGGAUCGACGAUCAUCAUCGCAGCCCAAGUCAACGACCAUCAUCAAAUACGAAAAGUCAUCGUGUCUAUUCUGCAACGAAUGGUUCGAUGCGCAAACUUUUACGGAACACCUCAUCCACUGUGGACAGGUGCUGGAGGAGUGUCCCAACAACUGUCAUGUGUUCAUACCACGUAUUCGCAUGCGUUCGCAUCUCAAGGAAUGUCCGCGCAACAAGCCGCCGGCGCCGCAGCAACGUUUAAGCGUCAGCAUGGAACGAUUGGAUCAGCAUGCCGAUCAUCGGGUCCAGGUGCUGGAACAGGAUAUUACCACUAUACGUUCGGUGCUGAACGAGGAGAUACGACAGCGUUUGCAUUUGAUCACCGAUGUGGGCAACAUACGCAAGCACAAUCAGGUCGUCGAGGAUUGGACACGCGACACCGAUGAGAGCAUCAAUGAGCUGCGGCGUCAGCUGGAGGAGGAGGGCGCCCAGCGGGUCUUUGCCACCGAACAAAAUCAAGUGGACACGCAAUACUGUUGCAACGUCACACAGUCCCUAAAGGAUCAGGUCGAGCUGAAGCUGGACGAUAUGCAGCAGCACAUCAAUCAGUUGUCGGCAGACGUGAGCUACCAUCAGAAUCAACUCAACGAUAACAUCAUCAAACUUGAGGAGCUUGUCUUUGAAAACGAGCGUUUAAAUCGGGACAAAUUCGCGCAGAUCGAGCAAUUUCUGCAGGAGAUCAAUGAGGACGUAAAGACGAGAUUGGGAACCAGCAGCGAAUUUGCCACCUCCAAACAGGCGACACUCGAUUACGAGGUGAAGAACGUCAAGAGUAUGGUCUGCGAGACGGAAGAACGCAUCGAGAAGCUGCAGGUGAUCGUGCAGGAUCUGGACAAAUCACUGCAUCAGACCAUGCAGAAUAUAUCCGAUAUUGAGAAUCAGCUGGCAAUGCAGCAGCGCAUUGCAAGUGUACAAAAUAUACGAGGUCAUUUAAUUUGGCGCAUCAAGGACUACUCAAAGAAACUGGAGGAGGCCAAGCAAUACGAUACCAUACUCCACAGCGCGAUGUUCUCCAAUAAAGCCUUCGGCUAUGCCCUGCGCCUCGACAUAUACUUGAAUGGCAAAGGGACGUGGAAGGGACGCAAUUUGAUUGCCUGUUUGAAUGUGUUAUCCGGCGAAUACGAUCCACUGUUGAAUUGGCCGUGUCGACUGCAGGCGGAGAUCAUAAUACGGGAUCAGAGCAGCAUAUCGCUGGAGGCGCAGGACUAUGUGAAGACGAUCUAUGUGCGCAAGAAGAGCGAUGACUACAUCCAGAGCAAUCAGUAUUUUCAUAUACCGCACAAAGUGAUCACCAGUCGCAACUAUCUGCGCAACGAUUCAUUGUUUGUCGAGGUGCGAGUGUUAAAGUAAAAUCACACACACAGAGAGAUACCACAUAGAAGUUUCUCAUUUAUUUAUUUGCGAUUUUAUUCACAACAAAUAUUGACUAAUUGAAUUGCAUAAUGACGAACAAUAUAGAUUGAUUUGGCAUCUGUUUUUGUUACCUUUUUCUAUGCCCAACAACACCAAAAAUGAAGACAAAUUAUGGUGGCGGCUAGUGAAAGGCGCGCUGUGAGCACCUUUAUUUAAACAAAAAAAAAAAAAAAUUACAACAUUUAAAAUACGAAUUGACAUUUAACAUUUGACCGACAC